CCAUGUACACCGCUCUGGCCUCCUUGAAGGAAGAGUGGAAUAGAAAUGUAAAAAAUAAAAAUAAAAUAAAUAUUGGCUCAUGCUGGUUGACCCAAUACGGGCCAAUAGGUCUCAGGAGGAAGGUUGUAACUCAGUGUAAGAACAUUUGCUUUGCAUGCAGGACAUCCCAGGUUCAGUCACAGAUGGGAAAUACCUCCACCUAAAGCCCUGGAGAGAGCUGUCUCUACCACUCAGUAGGGACAAUACUAAUACUUGAUGGACAAAGGGUCUGACUCAGUAAGGCAGCUGCAUACUUUCAUUUUUCUGGAAUGUACUCCUUUUUUUAAAAAAAGGAACUUACCUUCAGCCCAUAAUCUAAAUUUUGGACAGGGGUAGCCCUUACAUGAGGCAAGGUGAAGCAGUGGCCUUAGGCGGUAGAUUAUUGGACACCAGCAGGGCGAUAAGGGGCCCACCACCAUCACCAUCAGAGCUUUCCAGGACCAAUCUGGCCUUUGCAAGCUUUGCAAAGAGCACCUCUCCUCACACUCCUUGUGUAGCUUGCUAGAAGCACAAGGAGGGAAGAGGAAUCUUCUGGGCUCCCUCCAGUGGCACCAGGCAAGGCAUCAUUUGGUGCCUGAUGCUGCAGUACUUUUGCGUCCGUCCGUCCCCCCCCCCCGAUUUCAGAGGGGCAACUGUGGAAGGGGGGGGUACUAGGAGGUUACAUCUAGCUGAGACAAAAAGCUGCACACACUGAGCUGCUCUCACAGCUGAGAGCAUCUUUGUUACAAAAAGAUGGGCCUCACCCUAGGGUGGGGUCAUCUCAGAACCAGAGCAGACGCUGCCCUGCAGGAAAAGUAUGGCAGGGGUGGGGAGCUAGGGACAAUGAACAGUAGCUACGCAAAGGCCAGGUGGGGAUUUCGGGUGAGGCAAGAUGGGGGUUGUCAUGGAAACAGGGGAGAUUUGCCGAUUCAAUUAGAUAAAUACAGAGAUUUGCAGGGUGGAGAGCAGCAGGAGAAGACGGGAUUUGCAUUGCAGAAAAACAUGAGGUCUGCAUUUAGGCAAAGUGGGAAGAGAUUUAGAAACUCCUGAUUGGAAUGUGGAGACUUGUGCAUGCAAAGGAUUCUUUGGCAGACAGAACAUCAGGACAUCUGCUCACCCAGACAAUGUCUGGUGCCACUCACGGUGUACAAAGCCAUAAAUGGUUCCCAUUCACUCAGGUGCCUUGGCCCUGGACUGCCACAGCUGUGUGGACCUGGGCGAUGGUGGCUGCAGCCCAGACAAGAUGAAGACAGUGACAUGUCCAGCGUCCACCCAUGUCUGCGUAGAAACCGUAGCCGCAGUGCAAUGGAGUCACGGGAAGUUCUCCAUUGUCGAGAAGGGCUGCGGGUUGGGCGAGGUGGGCACCAACGACAAAGCUGUAGAGCUGCAUGGCAUCCUUGCUUUCUCCCAGCUGCGCCAAUGCAACAGCAGCCACUGCAACAAUAACCUGGACAUCAAGCAAUAUGAGCUGCAGCCCAGCGGGAAUGAGAGCACGAGAGUGCCGAACAACGUGGAAUGUUACACCUGCAGCGGCAGCGAGUGCGAGACCAAUAAUGCGAGCAUUGUCAAGUGCUACGACACUUACAAGGGUUGUUUCCAUGGCAACGUCACUAUGAAAGCAGGCAACUUCUCCCUGACCAGGCCUAUCAAGGGCUGCAUCCAGGAUGAGGAAUGCACCAAGGCCACAAAAGGAAGCACAGCCAUCAACCUUCUAGGCUCCUGUUGCUCAGGAAGCCUCUGCAAUGCUGACCUCUCCAACAAAACACACUUUGCUGCCCGCAUUCCACCACUGGUACUCCUGACAGCGGCGCCAGGCACCAAGAACAACACUCCUGCCACAACGGCUUCUGGGUACACUCACUCCAGCAUGCCAGCCCCUUCCACCACCAGCAAGACCACCCGUUCUGUCACUGCGACCCCAUCAUGGCCCAGCCAUGAUGGUGACCAUGCCCACCAUCAUGGCCAUGGUGACCAUGACGAUUACCAUGAUCACGACGAUCAAGAAAUCACCUUGGAGAAAAAUGGGAGCCACAUCACAACUGUGAAAGUUGAAGAGCGACAAAACCAAAUCUCUCAGAAGCCAAGCGGCAGCUCAACAGCCUUGAGUGCGUCCAUCAUCCUGGUCCUGCUGCUUGUUGGGUUGCUUCUCUAAGGGAAAAUCAAGGAGGUGGGAUGAUAUUCAACCUCUUUCCUUCUCCCUCGCUUCAGGCCCAUCCAAACACAUUUUUUGCCACCACAUUUUGACAUGGCUUUCCCCGCUCCAAUUAGGCUUCGGCCUAUAUGUUGUAGGCCCCAUGUUUCGAAACCUCUGAUGUGGUAAAUGACUGGCACAAAGUGUUUUGCCUGUUGGAAGCGUUUUUCCUGUUCUUAUAUGCGCAGUUCUUCUGGCCCUGUCUCAGUGGCAGUCAUUUUGCAGCACACAUUGGCCGAGAAGUGGCUAAGAGCUGUUGCUGUCCAACAUGGCUAAGUUGUAUUGUAUUUCCAUGCAGCAAAAGUCAAUUCUGCUCUUAUGAAGCAAAGUCCAUUUUCUUUUGUAGACGUGCUUUCCUGUGGCCCAUUUUCAAACAUCACUGCUUUGGGUGCCAACCCAACGGCAGCCAUUUCGUAACCAUCUUUCAUAUGGGAGUUUUCCUUGGGUCAUUCUUGGCAUUAGAACAUAAGAACAUAAGAACAGCCCUGCUGGAUCAGGCCCAAGGCCCAUCUAGUCCAGCAUCCUGUUUCGCACAGUGGCCCACCAGAUGCCACUGGAAGCCACAGGCAGGAGUUGAGGGCAUGCCCUCCCUCCUGCUGUUACUCCCCUGCAACUGGUACUCAGAGACAUCCUGCCUUUGAGGCUUGAUGUGGCCUUGCUGACCAGUUCACAAGAACUCUCUCAUUGCUGCAUUUUCUAUUGUCAGGAGAGCAAUUCUGGGAAAGUCACAGGCUCCCCAUUAAAUCCUUAGGACCUUAAAUGCACUUUCAUCCAGCAUUUUUAACCUUUGCUUCAUCAGCCUCCUACCCCUUCAAAGAAGGACAUUAAUUUCCAAGUGCAACAAUGAUGUUCAAGAAUUAUGACCUGUGCUCUUAAAGUAUACUCCUUUUUUUAAAAAAAAGUACUAUCAAAAAAGGUACUAUCAACUACAAGGGUGAUGGCCGGCCAAGGUUCUCCUUGGACUGACCCAGUGCAUACUGACUGAACCCUUCUUAUCUCCCUCACUGUGCAAAAUCUGAUGUCCUCCACUUGCUUUAGGGCUCUGAAGCAGGUCCAUGGGAGAUCCAGAACCGUUUCUGCAGUCAGUUUCAAAUGUAGCUACCGCUGACUCACUUUUGUAAAUAAUUUCAAGGACCAGUUCUUGCCAAGAUGAUGAAACAUCAGGGACGCCUGGGUGGAGAGGUGUAGCAGCAAAUAAAUGGAUUGCAACUUG